AUGCGCCGAAGGGAUGCACUGCCGGGUUUCUUGUCGCGAGACAUCAUUGACCAAGAGAUCCAGCAGCUAUGCGCGAAAUGGCCAGCGAUACUCGAGGACAACACAAUCAUUCGUAAAGCACAGGGGCGGUAUCGCAUCAACGGCCGCGAAGUGACGGUGUCUUUGAGAAUGCGAGAAGCCACGCGGGAGGAAGAAGAAUGUGUUUCCAAAACUCCGUCUUUGGAUGAGGCAAAAGCUGCUGACGGGCAGGUCAUGGACCUCAGUGGAGACCUCAUUGUUCGGGAUGGGCCACUAAAGCAGCCAUUUCUGGAUUAUGUCUUCGAUACUGGACAGAAGGAGUAUUACUCAAUGGCUGAGCCAGACAAAUUGGAGAACAAAUCCGUGGAUACGCCAAAGCCACUGGCUCCCGACUUGAAGGGUGGCCAGCUGGCAGUUCAGGACGACCGCCUGGAGGCAAUGGAGAUUGCUUGGACAUCCAGUGAUGCCGAUUCCCUCAGCGAGUUGCCUCAGAUGCCAUUGCCGCCGCCAUUGCCGCGCUCUUGGGGGAGCGAGGAGCGAGCAUCGAGUCAGUAG